CAGGUGUAUAAUCAUGAACAUUUUUUUCGCCCUAUUCGCAAUUUGCUGCCUCGCAGUAGUAGCAAAGGCAAGGCCGGGCUACAGCCACGGAUCCGACAGAUUGGAAGGAAUUCCAGAUCUCGAAUCCUUCAGCAACAUCAAAUAUCCAAAGUACGACAUCCUUGGACUUGGCGAGUACUCCGAAGGGCACCUUCCAGCGGAUGAGAUCCACGUGACCAAGCACGUGACCGUUAAGGAACCACAACCUUACCCCGUCAAGGUCCCUGUACCCCAUCCUUAUCCAGUCCCAGUAGCCAAACCCUAUCCAGUUGUUGAAACCAAAUACGUGAAGGUACCUCACGCAGUACCAUACGAGAUAGUCAAGAAAGUGCCAGUGACCGUAGAGGUGCCCAAGCCAUAUCCGGUUCCUGUCCAUUCGGGAGGGGGAGACUCUUGGCAUGCGGGAUCUGGAAAUGUUGGACAGGUUGAGAGUUACGCAGUUCAGGAGCAAGGGAAUGAUGUAGGAAAUUUAGGUGGCGGUGAUCAUAUCUCGUCCUACGAAGCUCAAGGUUAUGGUGGAGCAGAUCAGGGCGGUCAAGGAGAUUGGCAACCAAGUGGACAACAAGAGGAGGGCCAUUAGUCUCAACUGCUUUGACUGCUUUUACUUUUGUUCUCAGUCAUUUCCAGCCAAAGACAAAAUUUUAUGUCGACGAAGCUUUGGCUAGAUUUUAGUACAUAUUUUGUAAAUAGACUUUUUUUUUGUUGAAAUGUGAACUGUUAAUUGUUAUGUUCUUGUUUUUUUAUUUUUGUAAUAUAUUUUUUU